CGAGAAUGGUUAUCCGUGUCCAUCUUUCAGUUUACUUUGGGCCUGAAGAAUGCUCUCGACAUAUUGGUCAUAUGAGUACAUGGCUGUUCAGUAGCAUUCUUUGCAAUGAUGUUGGAAAAUUAUGGUUCAGAUGAAAGGGGUGCUAACCCAGCACCUUAAACCCUAACCCGUGCACAAUUUUAUGCCUUCCGCCAAGCUAUCUCACGACUCACCUCUCACUCCACACCCUCCCCAUCUUCAACCUCACUUUUCCGUUUCACUUUUCCACUUACACAACUCACUAUUUUUCAUUGGAAUAGCCCUUUUCUUCAAGCCACACACCCCAACUCAUAACCCCGACAUCACCGCCAAAAUGAAAGACACCUACACCCUCCCCUCAGCAGCGGACAUGCACGUCCACCUCCGCAACGCCCCAGGCCCCAUCGCCUCCCUCGUCACGCCCACCAUCCGCCCAGCCGGCGUCGACACCGUCUUCGUCAUGCCCAACCUCGCCCCUGUCCCCGUCACCUCUGUUGACGCUGCUCUCGAGUACAAGUCCGCCUUGGAAGCCAUCGACCCAAGCGUCAAUUACCUCAUGUCUUUGUACCUCCACUCCUCCAUCACCCCCGAGGAGAUUGCCAAGGCCAAGAAGGCUGGCAUUGCUGGUGUGAAGGCUUACCCCAAGGGAGCGACUACCAACAGCCAAUGGGGUGUCGUGAGCUUUGAGCCUUUUGACGAGGUGCUCAAGGCUAUGGAGAAGGAAGGCAUUGUGCUGAACUUGCACGGGGAGGUGCCGAGUGAUAGCAGGGAGGGGGUUACGGUGAUGAAUGCGGAGAGCAGGUUCUUGCCUACGCUGAGGAGCUUGGUGGGCAAGUACCCCAAGUUGAAGAUUGUGUUGGAGCAUUGCACUACUGGGGAGGCGGUGGAGGCUGUGAGGGAGUUUGGGGAGGAUGUUGUGGGGACUAUUACUGCUCAUCACUUGAGCUUGCUGGUGGAUGACUGGUCCGCCAAUGUGCACCACUACUGCAAGCCCUCUGCCAAGUCCCCCGAGGACCGUCGGGCUCUUCUUCAGGCUGUUGUGUCCUCCAAGGGGAAGUUCUUCCUUGGUACUGACAGUGCUCCCCACGAUAUCUCCUCCAAGAAGGGCAAGGGCAACACCGCCGCCGGUGUCUUCACCCAGCCUUACGCCCUCGGCUACGUCCUCAAGGCUCUUGAGGAGGGCAUCGCCCGCGGUGACAUUUCCGACUCGGACGUCACUGACGGAGCUUUGGCCGGUUUUUUCUCCUCCUAUGGCCGCAAGUUCUACGGCUUGCCUCCUUCUGACAAGAAGAUCUUGCUGAAGAAGGAUGGUGCCACUGUUGAGGAGAGCUUGAAGAGCGAGCAGGCUGAGAUUGUGCCGUAUCGUGCUGGCGAGAAGAUUUGGAGUGUGGAGUGGCUUUGAUUUUGGGAAACAUGAAAAGGAAUGUCAAAAAGGGGUGUUGGGGAAAGGGGGUAAAAAAGGGCAAUAUACCAAAAUGAUAGAUGAGUGACGGGGUGUACAAAAUGAGAUGUAUGAUUGAUGAUGGACAC